AUGUAUGGAAAGGAGGUGGCAUACAUGCGUACAUUAUUGUAAUCAUAAUAAUGAGACAGAGUCAAAUAUCUCGGCAAUUCGGAAUGAUAAAGCAGGCUUCAGUUUCUUUCUUUCUUUCUUUUUUUGCGUUGUUAACUUCCGUUGUGACUCCCUUUUUUUGAUUUUGUUUGUUUGUUUUUUGAUUUGCAGCAGUGGCGGUUCUCGGCCACCGUAACUCUGCUAGGAUAGACGAAAGAGUGGGCUGGUGUUGUACCUCUGUGUAUCCGCCCCCGUAUCUCUGUAAUCUCCGCGCAGACCCUGAACGCACCUCAAAGACGGAGCGGACGACGGAGCAGGAAGCAGACAGACGACAGUUGGUGUUGGUGCGGAGAGUUAGAGCGGCCAUCAGGCUGGUGAAGAAAACGAGUUUUAGAGACGAGGAGGAAGGCUGGUCGGCAGCGAAGAUGUUUUCAACCGCACUGUUGGUCCUUUUGUGGACCGGACUGACAGUAAACGGCGGUAAGUUCGGAUUUUCUGACUCGUUUUUCGGAGUUUGUCAAAAACGAAAGUAAAACGGAGCAGCUGUGACGUCUUUUGUUUUCGGGGUUUUAAGAACAGAUUAAGAAGUUUUUUAGGACUUAAAGUACUUUUAUAAUUUGAAAUACGGAUCCAUUUUAAAUAGAUAAUUUAUAUCAAACAAAGAAUUGGACGAACUUUGAGCUGAAAAUGGAGAGUUGUUAAAGUUUCGGCCCGUUUAUGAUACAAGAUGGCGUCACACGAGGAAGCUGCUUCACCCUCUAAAAACAUAAUCCCUCUUUUAAAAGUUAAACUUAAAUGUCAAAGCUAUAAAAAUAUUACUAUUGUUGAAGUAUUUUACUUCAGAUUUACCGUUUGAAAAUCAUACACAGUUUCAACUUAACUAAAGUAGUUUACAUAAACUUAUUAAAUUUACCUUUAUUUUUGUGUUUUAACUAUUAUACCAAGAAUUUAUAUUAUUUUUGUACUUGUUGACUUUGGUCUAGAUCUGCUCUUUUAGAAAGCUUCUUGGGAUAACAACUGUUGUGAUUUGUCUCUAAGUAAAUAAGAAAUAAUUGAUUAAUUUAUGAUUAACUGAUUUUUGGUCAACCCUCCUCCUGUGUGAGGGUCUGCACCGACCAGUUUUUGUCUAUUAAAGCGAAACAGAAUCACUUAAAUUAGCUUUUUUUCAUCAAGACUUUUUGUCUUUGUCAGGAACCUCGAUUUCAACAAAUUAAAAAUUACAUUUACUCAGUUAUAAAAUACUCUUGUGAGGGGUAUACUGACAAAGAAAGGCCCAGAGGACCACAACAAAAACUAUUAUAAUCAAUAUUUUCAUGGAUAAUGACGCCGAACAAGGUAACCUGGAGAUAAGAACCAAACUGGAUGAUAGGAUUUAAGACACGGAUCAAAACCGACCCUGGACAUGGUGGGUGCGUAGUGAAAGCGAACACAAGAGGAAGGUUAAAUCCAUGAUAGAGAGACAUCACCGUUUAUUUCAGCCUGCCUCACAUCUGUAGACGUAGAUAUCUUAGAUAACAGUUUGACAGUAAAUGGGAGUGUUUAUCACUCACUGAACCUUGGAUCCAGCCUGAGCGUUUCCUCUGAGUGGCAAAUCUAGACGGACAACUUUGUAAAGACAUUUUUGACGUCGUGAGGUCAGCCAGAGGUAGCCUGUAAACAAAGCUGUGAAGAAAUUCAAACUGAUUUCCUUCAUCGACUCACAGUUGAGACGGCAAAUGUUUGAGUUUCUUUCUUUCUUUGACCAAAUGGUGAAUUUUGUCAGGGUAAAACCUUUUGAAGAAAUAAGAUAUUUAAGAGUUUAAAUGAUCUGACAUAACUCUGGAGUAUCUCUGCCGUGUUGUGGAAUAAAAAAACGUCUCUUCUUGUGUAUCUCAGAGUUUUAUCCACAGAAACACUCCCUCAGAUACAUCUACACAGCCUUCUCCAAACCUAUCGAGCUCCCUGGCAUCCAUGACUUCACUGCCAUGGGUCUGCUGGAUAACAGGAUGAUCGACUACUACGACAGCGAUCACCCAAAGAAAAUUCCCAAACAGGACUGGAUGGCUGAAAAACUGGGAGCGGAUUACUGGGACAAAGGCACACAGUCCCGCCAUAGCAAACGGCAGUGGUUCAAGGUCAACAUUGAGAUCCUGAUGGACCGAAUGAGGCAGAACAACACGGGUAAGAAACAGAGAAAACUGUAAAACAAAGUCACCUGUCCUCCAACCAGAUCUUCUACUGGAACAAACCUGAUCUCCAGAGUUUGAUUGAUAAAACAGUCUGUUAUUCUCUGUCAGUUUUUCCCUUUCUGUGGACCUGGUUGGUUGUUUCAUGGUCUCUCACCUUGGUUUUCAGAUCUUCAUACCCUUCAGUGGAUGCACGGCUGUGAGGGUGAAACGCAGCCUGAUGGCAGCCUGAAGUUCCUAAAGGGUGUGGACAUGUACAGCUAUGAUGGAAGAGACUUCCUGUCCUUCGAUGACGCUCAUGAAGUCUGGGUCGCACCGAUUGCAGCGGCAGAACCCACCAAGAGGAAGUGGGACCAAGUGCAGGUGCUGAAAGAAUACACCAGAGGCUACCUGGAGAAGGAGUGCAUGGACUGGCUGAGCAAGUUCAUGGGCUAUGGACAACAGCAGCUUGAAAGAUCCAGUACGUUUAAUAAAGACACUUUUCUGUAUUUAACUCAGAAACUACCGUGAGGUCACGCUAACAGUCGGAGAAAACGUUUUUUCACAUUUUUAACCUUUACAAACAGAACCACAUGUUGUUUAAUCAGGUCAGUAUAAUCUCACUUUUCUCUUUGCAGUACCCCCUACUGUUCACGUGUUCGCAAAGAACGCCAAAGUGAAGACAAACGUCGUUCUGACCUGCUUCGCCACGGGAUUCCUACCAAAGGACAUUGAGAUGCGGAUCAAAAUGGACGGUCUACCACUGACAAAAAAGGACGGAAUAACAUCGUCAGGCUCUCUUCCAAACCACGACGACACCUUUCAGAGGAGAGACAGCAUUGAGAUUAAGAGGGAAGAGCUGGCAGAUUACACCUGCGAGGUGUGGCACAGAGCCUCUGGAUACAUGGUUACUAGAACAUGGGGUAAGAAACUUGUUCAAGAGCAUCAAAAAACUGAGAUGAGCUCACUUCUGAAGAAUUGUCCAGAUUGAUUUCAUCUUCACUAAUCUAAUUGUUUUUGUUUUUUAGAUAAGCUUCUUCCUCCUGAUGAAGACUCUGGAUCAGUUAUAAUCAUUGCUGUGGUAUUAGGGGGUCUGUUCUUGGUGAUAGGCAUCAUUACGGCACUGGUCGUGCUGUGGAAAAAAGGUGUUAUUGGUAGGUGACGUUUUCCUAGAACAUCAUCUUCAGAAACAAGAUACCAGUGAAGAGGACUUUCUGUGUUUCACAUUUAGUUACAUGUUUUUUCAAAGAAAAUACUCCGAACAUUAAAUUACAAAAACAUCCUCUGUCCUCCAUUUAAAGAAAAUUAGAGAAAUUUUACCAACAUGGACGAGUCAACAUGAACAUGAUAGAAGUCAGUGUGUUUUAUUCAGGGUCAUAAAUGACUCUACGUCCCUGAGUAAACCAGAAGGAUCAGACAUGACUGUAUGAAAUGAUUGUUGGCUGUAUGGGGUUCAAAGGUCUGUAAUUAUUCUUUUAAGAUGGGCUCUAUGAGCCGUUAAAGGUUCAGGUCCUGUAAGUUAUUACUUAGAUCUUAAAGUGAACUGAAAGUGUCCCACACUGUUCUGGAGUCAGUUUGAUAGCUGUAUAAAAACAUCUUUUUUUUGUCUGUGAUCAGUAACCGUCUGUUCUUUUCUCUUUAUCAACAGGAGGUAAAGGUAACUCAGAAGGUGAGCACUCUGUUUCUGUUCAAUUAUGUCGUCACACUUCAGACUUGAUUGAAACUGUAGGUGUGUCUAAGUGCAGAUAAUGUAACAUGAUGUUUACUCCCUUCUACAACACAGUAGAGGAAUGAUCAGUAACAUUUAGGCUGACAAAUACAAUAAAGAAAACAUAUUCAACAUGCUGCUGAAUAUGUUCAUGGUUCAAGUUUAACUCUGGUGUGGUAUGUGGGAUUCACAGAGGCGUCCACUGCCGUAAACACUUCUGACCUUCAAUCACAAAACCAUGAAAACAAAAACACAAAAGUGUUCUUCCUUCUGAGUAGAUCGUAGUCGUGGGUCUUCAUGUUUGUGUGUUUUGUUUUUGUAGAUGAUCGAAGCAGCAACUCAAGCAACACAGGCAGCAACACAAGCAGCAAAACAGGCAGUGGGGACGUUCUCUUACCAGGUGAGUUUAGAACAAACAGUAAUGAGAGGUAUAAAUUCAUACAUGUAUACAUAUAUGGCUCAAAGGUACUCUGUGAAGGUGAUCACAACCAUACAAAUACUGUGUAUUAUAAUUUCAAUAAGCAAACGAGACCAACUGCAUGUCUAUUGUGACAAGUUUAAAUAUGGAGUCUCAUCUGCAUAGAAAUGAACCUGUUUGUCUCUUAAUUCAUGCAAUCCUUAGAAUGUAAUUAAAUACCUUUUACUGAACAGGUUUGGGCACAAAGUCUGGAUUAAAUACCUUGUGGUAGAAAAUUCAUGUCUGAUUUCUUUGUUCUUCCCUACAGUUGAAAAGAACGAUGUGAAGUUCUCUCCUGAGUCCGAGAGUCUGACGGGGAACCAGGCGUGA